AUGCAGCCAAGUCGUCGGGAUGUCAAGGGCACCAAGUCGUACCUCUGGCACCUUCGGCUUGGCCACAUAGGUCACGAUGGACUCAAUUGCAUCGUGACGAAGAACAUUGGAAUUGGCAUCGACAUAUCUUCGGUGAAGAAGUGGGACGUGUGUGAAGGUUGUGCUCUGGGAAAACAGACUCGAGUGCGCUUCCAAUCAAACACUACAGCUCGCACCUCCAAACUCCUCGAAGUGAUUCACAGCGACGUAUGCGGACCGAUGUCGAUGGCAACUUUCAGUGGAAAACGGUACUUCGUGACAUUCAUUGAUGACAAGUCAAGAUACUGUGUCGUCUAUCUGCUCAAGAGCAAAUCUGAAGUUGCGGCGAAGUUCAUGGAAUACGCUGCGAUGGCCGAAACGCAAACCGGAAAGCGCGUGAAGUACCUUCAAAGCGACAAUGGGGGUGAAUACAAGUCCGACAAGCUGGCACGAUUCUGCGCGGAACAGGGAAUACAACAAAGGUUCACACCCCCAUAUACUCCUCAGCUAAACGGAGUAGCUGAGAGAAUGAAUCGCACGCUGGUCGAGUGUGCGCGUUGCAUGAUGGAACACGCUGGACUGGGAAAGAGCUACUGGGGUGAAGCAGUGAUGACGGCGAUGUUUCUUCGAAACCGCUGUCCAACACGUGCCAUUCACCAAGACAAGUCUCCAUAUCAAGUGUGGACGAUGAAGAAACCGAUUCUGGCCAACCUUAAAGUGUUUGGAUGCCACGCGUAUGUUCAAGUGCCUCAAGACAAACGCGCGAAGUUCGACUCCAAGUCAUCACUCUGUCGUUUCCUGGGAUACGCCGAACACCAGAAGUCAUAUCGAUUUGAGGAAGUGUCAACAGGAGCGAUCAAGAUCAGUCGCGAUGCCACAUUCAUGGAAGACAAGUUUGAUGAAGGUCCGCGCAACUACAACGAUGAGUCAAGUGUCGUUGAGUUUGAUGAUCAUGAUGAGGACGAAGAAAAGAAGAAGGUAAAACUGACGACGACAUGGACUCGAGCGACGAUGACAACGAAGACACCAGGUCUUCGAAGAGCAACAUCAAGAGACACACGCGCACUCAAUCACUUGAGAAAGCUACCGUCAUUCAAGUCCCAAGCGAAGAACAUACAGAGUGGGGAAACGCCGACUACAUUCAAGUCGGCGAUGGAAUCAAGCGACUCCGGCAAGUGGAAAGAAGCGUGUGACUCGGAGUUCGAUUCGCUUCAGAGAAACGACACGUGGGAAAUCGUGCCUCUUCCGAAGGUCGCAAGGCCAUCGGGUGCCGAUGGGUUUUUCGUGUAA